UUAGUAAAAAUAAAAUAAUAUUCAAUCUCAAAUCUUCUUGCUCACGAUCCAGUUUUCAAAUUCCAUACCCUGUUCUUGUAAAACCCAGAAAUUAAAUUAUUAAAAUUUAGAUCAAAAUUAAUCAAAAGCAUCAAAAGUGAAAAAGAAAAGGGAAAGAAAUUCGCUUUUUUUUUUUUGGAUUAGUGGAUGCUUUGAUUUGAUAAUUUAAAGAAAAGAGAUUUGAUUUGCAUAAAAUUCAGGACAUGGGUUUUGGUCCCGAGCCCCUUUGGGAUUUUUUCCUAAUUUGGAAUAAUAAAAGAUCAUUGAGUUUGACGACGCAUUAUGAAGAGCAAAUUUAAGAUAAAAAGGCGAAGGAGAGAUAUAUUUAGGCAAGAUUUAGGCAAAAUUAUGAAGUGCCUAUGCUCUGGAGAGUUAUUAAAGCCGGUAGAAGAAGCGCCACACUCGUCUGAUUCUGUUGCAAGCAAGGAGGAUUACUCGGUGGGUGCUUUCUCUCUUAAAUAUGGUGAAGUUGACUCAAGGCCGGAUACGAGUACCAGCAAUAUAGAAGAAGCUGAAGUAACUCUUCGUGAGCGUGGUUCUUUGAACUAUGAGGAAGCAAGAGCCUUAUUGGGAAGGAUUGAAUAUCAGAAAGGAAACAUAGAGGCUGCUUUACAUGUAUUCGAAGGAAUAGAUAUGGCCGCAGUAACUCCCAAGAUGAAAUUGGCCCUUUCUAGGAAAGGAGAACACCCGAAAAGACAUUCACAAAGUAAUGCUAUCCCACCAAUGUCGAUACAUGCUGUCAAUUUGCUAUUGGAAGCAGUCUUUCUCAAAGCAAAAUCACUACGACAUCUCGGGAGGUUUAAUGAAGCUGCGCAAUCUUGCAAAGUUAUUCUGGACGUUGUUGAAACUUCAUUACCAGAAGGUUUGCCUGAAAAUUUUGCUGCUGACUGUAAAUUGCAGGAGACAAUAAAUAAGGCUGUGGAGUUGCUUCCAGAAUUAUGGAAACUUGCUGAUUCCCCUCGUGAAGCAAUCAUGUCAUAUCGACGGGCUCUUCUCCAUCACUGGAAUCUUGAUGUAGAAACAACUGCAAGGAUUCAAAAAGAUUUUGCUAUUUUUCUUUUGUACAAUGGCGGGGAAGCAAGCCCCCCAAACCUUCGCUCUCAAAUGGACAGUUCAUUUGUACCUAGAAACAACAUAGAAGAGGCUAUACUUCUGUUAAUGAUUCUACUAAGGAAAGUUUCUCUUAAAAAGAUUGAAUGGGAUGUAUCAAUCUUGGAUCAUCUUUCUUUUGCUCUCUCAGUGUCCGGGGACUUGAAGGCUUUAGCCAACCAAGUUGAGGAGUUGCUUCCUGGUAUUAUUGAUCGGAAAGAAUUGCAUUAUACGCUUGCUCUUUGCUAUCAUGGUGCAGGUGAGAAUUUGGUUGCUUUAAAUCUACUGAGGAAAUUGUUACACAGUAGAGAGGACCCGAAUUGUGUUGCUGGUUUAUUACUGGCAUCAAAGAUUUGUGGGGAUACUCCUAAACUCGCAGAAGAAGGAAUCACUUAUUCUCGCAGAGCCCUUGAAAAUUUGGAGAGUGGAUGCGAUCAAUUGGAAAGUAUUGCCAAUUGUUUGCUAGGUAUAUCACUUUCAGCGCAUUCUAAAUUAGCCAUUGCAGAUUCCGAGAGGGUGUUAGAACAAUCCGAGGCACUUCAGGUCCUUGAAUUGGCAGGUAAAACGACAAAGUUGGAUGACCCGUAUAUUCUUUACCAUCUCAGCCUAGAAAGUGCAGAGCAAAGGAAACUAGAUAUGGCUGUUUUUUAUGCAAAGCGCUUGUUGAAGCUGGAAAAUGGAUCGAAUAUGAAAGGGUGGCUAUUAUUAGCUAGAAUCUUAUCCGCUCAGAAUCAAUUCAUAGAUGCUGAAACUAUUAUCACUGCCGCGUUGGAUCAAACUGGGAAAUGGGAUCAAGGAGAACUGUUGAGAACUCGAGCUAAACUUCAAAUUGCACAGGGUCAGUUAACGAGUGCCAUUAAGACAUAUGGACAGCUUCUUGCCAUUCUUCAAGUUCAAACUAAGAGUUUUGGAUCUGGGAGGAGGCCACAUAUGGAUAAUGAAAAGCCUGCAAGAAGUUUGGAACUGGAAGUGGAGGUUUGGCACGAUUUGGCUUCCGUCUACAUAAGCUUGUCCCAGUGGCAUGAUGCCGAGAUUUGUCUUUCCAAAUCAAAGGCCAUCUGUCCUUACUCAGCUUCAAGAUGUCAUAUUUCUGGUGUAAUUUAUGAGCGAAAGGGACUUUAUAAAGAAGCUCUAAAGGCCUUUGCUAGUGCUCUGGAAAUCGAUCCCAUCCAUGUCCCGAGUUUGGUAUCUACAGCUGUCGUUCUCAGACGACUUGGUAUCAAAUCGAAAGAAAUAAUCCGAAGCUUUCUGAUGGAUGCUCUACGGCUUGACAGAAUGAAUUCAUCUGCAUGGUUUAAUCUUGGCUUGCUAUACAAGGCCGAGGGAAGUGCAUCCUCCUUACGGGAAGCAACUGAAUGUUUUGAGGCAGCAACUUUUCUUGAAGAUACAGCACCCGUUGAACCUUUCAGAUGACCGUCGUUACUGAGUAAUCCCGCUGUGCGUUCUUCUGGUAUAUGAUGCCAGAAUAUGUAUUUUUUUUAUAUGAAUUAUUGUAUAUUGUAGCAUAUAAUUCAAUAGGAAUAAAAGAGGAAAAUGUUCAUACCGAGUGUACGUUUAGCUGCAGUCAUACACUGGCUGCUUGAUAGAAAUUGGCUAUGGUGAUUCAUUGUUCGUUUUUGUACUAAUUAAUAAUUUAAUUACACCUAUUCGAUCA